GCUCAAAGACCAAGUGAACAAUGACGAGUAGAAGAAGCAAAGCAUGAGCUGAAAGUUGCUACAUGCCUCGAGAAGAGAUGAUUGAUAUAGAGUAGCUUCAAGAACACAUCCUGAUACCUGAUUCCAAUCGGUGCUGCUUGGAAACCUACAGUGCCUUAAGUCAAAGGUACAUGUGAGCUCGACCCUUCUCCCGUACUCUUACGCCUUUCACCAACGCGCCCCCAUCCUUCUCGCGCCCCAGCAACCAUUUCUUCUUUAAAUACUUCUGACAGAACCCAUUUUUCAUUCCCCGUCACAUUUUCCAAGCCUUUCCUAUCUUCAGCAUAUUGAUUCCCCAAUCAUCAAAGACCGACCGUGAACUCAAUCCAAUGGACCCCCAACCGGCGCAACAGCCCGCCGAGGCCACUCAGGACGGCCAUGAAGCUUCCGCAUCAGUCGCGCCUACCAAGACUCGUACUGAGAGCUUCUCCGCGAAGUCGGAAAACUCUCAGACUGCCGCAGACUUCAUCCGCGACCAAAUGCAGUUAGAGGCCGACGCGCGCGAAGCUCUUCCAUACAGCAUCGAAAACUGCACCAAGCCCCUCGGUCCCCUCCGCCAGGCCGUCUUCUCCUGCCUGACCUGCAACCCACCACCCGCCGACCCUAAAGCGCCCUACAACGCCGCGGGAAUCUGCUACUCCUGCUCCGUCCAGUGCCACGGCGAGCAUACCCUCGUCGAGAUCUUUGCCAAGCGCAACUUUACCUGCGACUGCGGCACUACCCGCUUCCCGGCCACGAGCCCGUGCAAUCUACGCAUCAACGAGGAGACGGGCACCAAGGGCGGCGUGCACUCGGAGGAGCCAGAUGCGAACAACAAGUACAACCAGAACUUCCGGAAUAGGUUCUGCGGCUGCGAGUGCGAUUAUGACCCGUUCGAGCAGAAGGGGACCAUGUUCCAGUGUCUGGGCCUAGGCACGGCGGAGACGGGAGGGUGUGGUGAGGAUUGGUACCAUCCUGGGUGCAUCGUGGGUUUGGGACCGGAUUGGUAUGAGAAGAUGGAGAAGAAGGAUAAGCCCAAGUCUGCGCUGAAGACGGAGGUUCAGACCGAAAGUGGUGGUCCCCUGCCUACCAUCGCGGAAGACGAGACAACAGAACAGAACGGCGCCAAUGCUGAAGAGGCAGAGGAAGAAGACGAAGACGACGACCCCCCUCCGCCACCUGGCUUCCCUGCCGACGACGACUUCGAGGGUUUCAUCUGCUACAAGUGCGUCGAAGCCUACCCCUGGAUCAAGAGAUACGCGGGCACUGAAGGCUUCUUGCCGCCUGUAUAUCUGAAGGAGGAAGGGAGCAAGCCUGUCGAGCAAAUCACCACUGCAACAUCAGAACUCGAAGUCAACGGCGACUCCUCGUCCAAGAAGCGCAAAGCUUCUGAUGACGACAACGAAGACGUUGUUGAAUCCCAGGAGAAGAAGCCUAAAACCGAAGAACUUGCCGUCUCAGAAACCGUCCAAUCGGCCACCACCACCACCGUCACGGCCGAGUCCAUCACAACCAACGGCGCAACCACCGCCGCCGCCGUUGCCGUCGUCGAGUCAGCUACAACAACCAUCACCACCAUUGACGCCCCUACCACAACAGACGUCCCUAUGACCACCGACUCCCCCACUCCAGACCCAGACUCCGCCCCCUCCGCCGCCCCCAAACCCUGCCUCCUCUCCUCCCUCCCCCCACCUCCCCCCGGCCCUUCCAAAUUCUCCCUCUUCUUCACCACCACCCCCGACUUCCGUUCCUCCCUCUGCCACUGCACCACUUGCUUCCCCCUCCUCCUCCCGCACCCGCAGCUCCUCGAAGAGGAAGAAACCUACGAACCACCCGUUUCCGAAGACGGCUCCUCUGUCAAUGACGAUCUCCGUUCCCAACACGGCGGAAGCAGCAAGGGGUCGGGCUCGCUGUUGGAGAGAGGAGAAAGUGCCUUGAGGAACAUCGACCGAGUUCGAGCGAUCGAGGGCGUCAUGGCUUAUAACCAUUUGAAGGAUAAACUCAAGCCCUUUUUUAGGGAGUUUGCCGAGAGUGGACGGGCGGUGAGCGCGGAGGAUAUUAAGGGGUAUUUUGCCAAGUUGAGGGGGGAUGAGGAGGUUAGGAGGAAUGGAGGGGGAGAAGAAGAGGGGGAGGGAGAGGGGGGUGUGGAAGGGGAUGGGAGGAAGGAGCAGGAUGGGUAUUGAUUUGCGGUGGGUGGUCUUAACAGUGUUUGAAUACUUUGUAAUGGUUGGUUGGGUUGUGGUUGAUUGAUGAUACCGAAGCGUGGAACUGUCAAUGGCGUCAAGGAGUUCAUGGGUUCAUCUGCCUGUCUAAACAGCUUAUACACAAUCCGGCAAGUCCCGUUAUCGUCAGAGUUGCGGCUCAACGGGUUCACUUGGCGGUUCACGUUGCGAUCCAAUUCAAGUAUUUAAGAGAACAAAU